AUGUCUGAGAUCACCCACCCCACCAUCAAAGAUGGCUGGUUCCGAGAGAUUUCUGACAUGUGGCCGGGCCAAGCCAUGACGCUCAAGGUGAACAAUGUUCUGCACCACGAGAAGUCCAAAUACCAGGAUGUUCUCAUUUUCGAGAGCAGCGACCACGGCACCGUUCUCGUCCUCGACAAUGUUAUUCAGUGCACCGAGCGGGAUGAGUUUUCCUAUCAAGAGAUGAUCACACACUUGGCCAUGAACUCACACCCCAAUCCCAAGAACGUUCUAGUUAUUGGCGGCGGUGAUGGCGGCGUCCUCCGAGAGGUCGUCAAGCACGAGACCGUUGAGAAGGCGGUCUUGGUGGACAUCGACGAGGCCGUUAUCAGACUGAGCAAGAAAUAUCUUCCCGGCAUGUCCAUCGGUUUCCAGCAUCCGGCAGUCACCACGCUCGUUCAGGAUGGCUUCAAGUACCUCGAGGACCAGAAAGGCCAAUUCGAUGUCAUCAUUACCGACAGCAGCGACCCAGAAGGCCCCGCCGAGACUCUGUUCCAGAAGCCUUACUUUGAGCUGCUCAAUGGAGCACUGAAGGAGGGUGGUGUUAUUACUACCCAAGGUUCUGAAAACCAGUGGCUGCAUCUCCCUCUGAUCACCAAGCUCAAGAAAGAUUGCAAGGAAGUUUUCCCGACCGUUGAAUAUGCGUACACUACCAUUCCGACUUAUCCAUCUGGUCAGAUCGGCUUCAUGGUUUGCUCCAAGGAUCCCAACGCCAAUUUGCGCGAGCCUCUGCGCAGCUGGUCUCCCGAAGAAGAGGAAAAGCUGUGCAAAUAUUACAACAAGGAGAUCCACAGAGCUGCAUUCAUCCUGCCCACCUUUGCUCGCAAGGCACUCAAGUAG